AUGACUGAGGAUGUCACUCAUAUGGCUGACGAUGUUCCUCAUAUGAGCGAAGAUGCGCCUCAGAUGACUGUGGACGUAGAUGCGACUGUUGCAGAGGACUUAGGUGGUGAUGGUGCUGAGGGAUCACAUGCUGAUGAGGGAUUCCCUGGUGGGCCCUAUGACCCAUUAGUUCUGACUUCAUUUGCGGAGCAUGUCGCACAUGCCAUUUGGACUGGACAAGAGCGUCCUGAGCUGAAGUUGGUGUCGCACGGGAGGAAGGUGACAUUAAUUGGGAGGCCAGUGCCUGAGAUUGAUGGGCUGGUUGCCGCCACAAGAUUAAGUCCAUUGAUCGGGUGUUCAGUUGUAACCGGCGAUCCUGGACUUAUAUCCGCAUUUGUGGAGAGGUGGCACAGGGAGACCAACACCUUUCACCUUUCAGUAGGAGAGUUGACAAUCAUAUUAGAUGAUGUGUUGUCACUCCUCCAUCUCCCUAUUAGUGGCGCCUUCCACAGCUUCGAGGCUCUUUCUAUGGACGAGGCAGUAUUUUUGUUGAUGGAGUUGCUUGAGGUGUCUGGUGAGGAGGCUAGAGCCGAGAGAGUACGAGCGCGCGAGGCAUAUGUACGCCUCUCAUGGGUUCGGGAGAUCUAUGAGAUGAGAUGCCAGGCACGACGAUGGAUUGUAGCAGCUCGUGCUUAUCUCUUGCACCUGGUCGGUUGCACUGUUUUUUCUAACAAGAGUGCAACAUAUGUUCAUGUGGUGCAUCUAGAGGCUUUUCGCGACCUGGGUCAGAGUGGGGGCUAUGCCUGGGGAGCUGCGGCCCUGGUUCAUAUGUAUGACCAGUUAGAUGAAGCUUCUAGGACCAUGACACGACAGAUUGGGGGGUACCUUUCUUUAUUACAGAUCUAUGAGCACUUUCCGAGUGUGCAUCAGUGCAUCACCGAUGAUGCGUACGAGGAGAUGUCCCCCAUGCCUCCCGGUGGCUGA